UGGAUGUUUCCAUCACAUCAGACAAACAUAGGAUUAACAUGGUAUCGAUCAUAGCCAACCACACCGGCGAUUAAACUGCAUCAUCAAAUGGGAAGGUUGACAAGCGUAAGGUCUAGCUAAUUUUAUCCUAAACGGAUAUUAAACACGCUUUCCGGAAUCGGUUAUGAUAGCGCCAAGGAUAUUUUCAGUUGUGUAAUCACUACAAACUUCAACAUUGUUAAGAUACCAAGAUCAGUAUAUGUGAUGAUAGCACCGAUAAUAUUUUACGUUUUGAAAUCACAACAAACGUCGACAUGGUUAAGAAGACGAGGCCAGUAGAAUCUAUGUUAUGAUGACACCAAGGACAUUUAAAGUUUUGGAAUCACUACGAACUUAUACAUUGGUAACAAGUCACGGCCAGUACAAACUAUAUAUCAGCUGCUGUGAUAUUUUAUAAUAUUUAUAAUAAUUUUAAAGGAUAUUUAAAUGACUUGCAUUAUUUAACGACAGUUUAUGAUUUACACAAGAGAAAAUCAGUUGAAUAUCUAUGGAGUCAAUGUAGAUAAUUUAUGCGUACAUUCAUAUGAAUGGGAGUUUCUUUUCAAUAAUGAAAGUACCAGAGAGACAGAAAUGAUAGUAUCUACCAAAAAGACACCAGGAGACCUGGGAUGCCGAUAACGAAUGUGAUGUGGGUCUGUGUAGACGACCUACGUCUAUGAGACAAAUAUGGACGCUGACUUUAUACCAUGGAGUUGAAACGUCUGCUUGUCCUAAUCACUGUACUUGUCGUCUACCUAUGUCUUGGGUCCGUCAUGUUCACGGCUUUAGAACAAGAUGCAGUCAACGAGCGCGUAACUGUAUUUAGUGACGCCGUGAACGCAUUUAUUGACAACUCAACAGACAUCAAUGUGGAGGAGCUAUACAAUCUUCUAAAGCUGGCAAGUAUACACAACGGGUUGGUAUAUGACGUCAUCAGCAAUGGGACAACUCGAGACAAGUGGGAUUUCGGGUCAGGUUUUGGCUUUGCUGUGUCAGUAGUGACAACAAUAGGUUACGGGAACCUUGCACCAUACACUAUGAAAGGCAAACUGGUGUGCGUGUUUUACGCCCUCGUUGGCAUUCCCAUAUCCAUAAUCAUACUCAGCGCUCUCGGACAGAAGCUGGCCCAGGUUUUCGCGAGGAUCAACAAACUAAAACUGUGUUCCCAGAAGCCGGUGGUGAACAAGGUAGUCAACAUGGUGAUCAUCAUCACUCUUGGUAUGGUGGUCAUGUUCGUAGCGCCAGCCACUGUUCUGCACGUCAUGGAGGACUGGGGCUACAUGGAGUCGCUGUAUUUCUGCUUCAUAACGCUCAGCACCAUAGGAUUUGGAGAUCUCAUUAUUGGAAUUGAGAGGAAGAAUCGAGAGGCGUUCCAAAUCGCCAUGUACGUGUGGAUCCUGUUCGGCCUGGCCUACCUAUCGCUCGUCAUCAAGUACAUCACAGACGUCCUGGUCACCGAAGUCGGCAAGGUCGAACGACGCACCAUCCGCAGACUGGAGACUGAACUUGAAAGAAUUCACGACAAGACAACAAAUCUGAGACCAUCAGUGAAAAUGGGACACAGAAGUGAAUUCCGUCACAGAGGUAAAUUCAAGCAGGCAGCCCUGGAUGCCAUCAGACUGGAAUCUGAUAAAAGAAAUGUUGAACUAGUCAGUGUCAAUCAUAUAUAACACAAUGUCGAACUAGUCAGUGUCAAUCAUAUAUAACACAAUGUCGAACUAGUUGGUGUCAAUCAUAUAUAACACAGUGAUGAACAAGUCGAUGUUGGUCAUAUAUAAGAAUGUUGAACUAGUCAGUGUCAAUCAUAUAUAACACAAUGUCGAACUAGUCAGUGCCAAUCAUAUAUAACAAUAUUGAACUACUCAGUGUCAAUCAUAUAUAACACAAUGUCGAACUAGUCAGUGUCAAUCAUAUAUAACAAUGUUGAACUACUCAGUGUCAAUCACAUAUAACACAAUGUUGAACUACUCAGUGUCGAACAUAUAUAACACAAUGUCAAACUACUCAGUGUCAAUCAUAUAUAACACAAUGUCGAACUACUCAGUGUCAAUCAUAUACAACACAGUGAUGAACAAGUCGAUGUUGGUCAUAUAUAAGAAUGUUGAACUAGUCAGUGUCAAUCAUAUAUAAGAAUGUUGAACUACUCAGUGUCAAUCACAUUUAACACAGUGAUGAACAAGUCGGUGUUGGUCAUAUAUAAGAAUGUUGAACUAGUCAGUGUCAAUCAUAUACAACACAGUGCUGAACUAGUCAGUGUCAAUCAUAUACAACACAAUGCUGAACAAAUAUGUGUUGAUCAUAUAUAACACAAUGUUGAACAAGUCAGUGUCAAUCAUAUAUAACACAAUGUUGAACUAGUCAGUGUCAAUCAAAUAUAACACAAUGUUGAACUAGUCAGUGUCAAUCACAUAUAACACAAUGGUGAACAAGUCAGUGUCAAUCAUAUAUAACAUAAUGGUGAACUAGGCAGUGUCAAUCAUCUAUAACAAUGUUGAACUACUCAGUGUCAAUCACAUAUAACACAGUGAUGAACAAGUCUGUGUUGGUCAUAUAUAAGAAUAUAACACAAUGUUGGACUAGUCAGUGUCAAUCAUAUACAACACAAUGCUGAACAAAUAUGUGUUGGUCAUAUAUAACACAAUGUUGAACUACUCAGUGUCAAUCAUAUAUAACAAUGUUGAACUACUCGGUGUCAGUCACAUAUAACACUGUGAUGAACAAGUCGGUGUUGGUUAUAUAUAAGAAUGUAACACAAUGUUGAACUAGACAGUGUCAAUCAUAUAUAGCACAAUG